AUAGUAUCACCCAAAAUUGCACUAUUCAGUUUUUCACUUGUGAACUAAGAAGACAAAUCACAUAGACCUCUGCAAUACCGUUUGGUGUACAUGGUAAUGACGUUGAACAGCAUAUGGAGGGGGUGUUUCAUUUCAAAAAAUGCCAGAUGGACAGUUUUUCUCACCAUAUUAUGUGUAUGGUCUACCGUUUGUGGAGGUACAUCCUCCCCAACUACAACUGCACCAACAACACCGGUUUCACAAACAACCAGUGAAGUUUGUAUUAUAAAAACUAAAGCAUCCAUUACCACAGCUAUGACACCCAAACUAAAUCAAAAAUGUACAUCUGUGACUUUCACAACUACACCUCCUACAACUACGGAUUCAACAUCAACGGUAUCUACAAAAACAAAUGAAGCUUCUACAGAAUUUACAACAGCAGUUACAGGUUCAAACACAGUGUCAUCUUCAAUGACAACAGAAACUGAAUCUUCAACAACCACAGAUUCAGCCGCUUCCACAUCAACAAAGGAAGAAUCUACAAACACAGCUAUGACACCCCCAACCACAGUCACAUCCUCACCAACUACAGCAACAAAUGCUGCUCCAUCAAAAACAGCACAAUCUUCAACAACUGAAGCUUCAACAACCACAGCUGUGACUCCCACAAAUACGCCCCUAUUCUCAGCACCUAUAACUGCACCUCCAGCAACAGAAAAUGAUUCUCAAACCACAUCACUAUCUUCAACUUCUUCACUUUUCACGACAACAACCAGACCUGCUACCACAACAACAUUUUUCACUACCACAACCAUGCCAACAUUCUCAGAAAUUACAACAUUUAUGACAACAACAUCUUUACAAAAUGCAACUCAAAUUUCAGCGACACAAAAUCCAGCUCCAAAUACAUUUGAAGCUCAUAGCACUAUGUCUUUAGCGACCACUGCAACCAGUGCAUCAACACUCAUAAUUGUUACUCAAGAAACCACUAUGUCAUUGUCAAUGUCAACAACUGGUGACUCCCCAACUACAAUUGUAACUCCAAUGACUGAAUCUGGAGCUGCAACAACUGCAAACAUUGCAACAACUCAAACAACAGCAGUGGUUACAGGCAAGCUGCUGUUCAACUCCUCAUCUCCAGUCCCCAGUGAAUCUCUGGUCGUCAGUGCUAUCAACACUCUCCUGAAAUCCAGACAGUCACAGCUCAAUGAAUCAGUGAAGGUGGAGAAUUUCACCUAUCAGAAAAUCUCAGAAACAUCCUAUGCUGUCGUCUUUACAUUUAGCCUGAUUAACAUCAGCAUGCCAGCAGAUUCUGAUGUUAGAGGCAACACCGACCAGAGAUUGCAGGAUAUUAUCAAUAAUGCGGUAAAUACAUAA